GUUAAAUAUUAAAAACUUUUGAGUAACUCCAAUAAUUAUUCAAAAAUUUUCUAGAAUGAAAACCAAAAUGUCGACUACCGCCCUUCGCGGUUCUCAUGAGUUGAUGCUCUUUCAGCAGAUUUCGGUUUUCAGACAUUGUCAAACUGUUAAGUUUGUGUUUAUAUUUCGGGAAUUUAUCUAGUAUUCCAGCCUAUUCGCUAUGGCAGAAGGAUCAGCACCAGUCGCCGCCCCAGCCGCAGCCAGCCCGAAGAAAGGAAAGAAAGCAGCAGGUGCACCGAAGAAGCCGAAGUCCAAACCAACUCAUCCCCCAACUUCUUCGAUGGUAAACGCCGCUAUCAAAUCUCUGAAGGAACGUGGAGGCUCAUCGCUGCCUGCUAUCAAGAAAUACUUGGCCGCCAACUACAAAGUGGAUGUUGUCAAAUUGGCUCCUUUCAUCAAGAAGUACCUGAAGAGCGCUGUUACCUCUGGAAAAUUGGUGCAAACUAAAGGAAGUGGUGCCUCCGGUUCAUUCAAGCUCCCAGCGAAGGAGAAGACGGAAAAGGCGGCUAAACCGAAGAAGGCAGCAGCAAAGAAACCUAAAGCCGCCGCUAAACCAAAGAAGGCGGGUGAGAAGAAAACAGCUAAACCGAAGAAGCCAGCCGCAGCUAAGAAAGCAGCAUCUGGUGCCGCUAAAGCAGCCAAGAAAUCUGGAACUGUAAAGGCCAAGGCACCAAAGGAGAAAAAAGCGAAAGCCCCAAAAGUAGCUAAAAAGGCACCAAAGCCUAAGAAGGCAGGAGGAGCAACAAAGAAAGCGGCUCCCAAAAAGGCAGCAGCCAAGAAGUAAAUUGUGAAUAGAGUCGAUCUCUAUUUAUGUGAGGAUUCCUCACAAAACCCAAAAGUCCUUUUCAGGGCUGCC